UUGUUCGCGAUAAGCCCUCCACAAUAUAUCCUCGCCGUAGCCGACGAAACCACAUUUGCCUCUCUCUUUCCCUUCCUCUCUGUCUUUGUUUCUCUCUUCUACUUAUGGCGUCGCAGUUGCUCUCACGCGCCACUUACUUCGCUGGCGGCAUUCCCAGUCUCCGCAAGUUGCACAGAGAGACCACCACCACUAACAACCAUGUCGCCUUCGUCCACACCAGGCCCAUCGCCGAGGGAGCCAACUUGAUUUGGGGACGCCAAUUGCGGCCGUCUCUGCUUCUCGAUCACCUCUCGGCCAAACGGGAGACGGUUCGGCCAACCUAUGCCGCAGCCUCCUCUUCUCCCGCGGGAGGUAGCGAUUCUGCCGGGGAGGCGAAAGUUUCCCCGGCUGGUUUCUUCGAGAAGUAUCCGGCGUUGGUCACCGGAUUCUUCUUCUUCAUGUGGUACUUUUUGAACGUGAUUUUCAAUAUCCUCAACAAGAAGAUCUAUAAUUACUUCCCCUAUCCUUAUUUUGUAUCCGUGAUCCAUUUGUUGGUUGGGGUGGUGUACUGCUUGAUAAGCUGGGUUGUGGGUCUCCCCAAGCGAGCGCCUAUUGACUCAACACUCCUGAAGCUGCUGAUCCCUGUAGCUUUCUGUCACGCACUUGGCCACGUCACUAGCAAUGUCUCAUUCGCAGCUGUUGCUGUCUCAUUCACACACACAAUCAAAGCUUUGGAACCGUUCUUUAACGCCGCCGCUUCUCAAUUCAUUUUGGGGCAAUCCAUUCCCAUUACCUUGUGGCUUUCAUUGGCUCCCGUUGUCAUUGGUGUAUCAAUUGCAUCUUUGACUGAGCUUUCAUUCAACUGGACUGGCUUCAUUAGUGCUAUGAUUUCUAAUAUCUCAUUUACCUACAGAAGUAUUUAUUCAAAGAAAGCCAUGACUGACAUGGACAGCACCAACGUCUAUGCCUAUAUUUCUAUCAUCGCUCUCCUUUUCUGCAUUCCACCAGCUGUAAUUGUGGAGGGGCCUCAACUGCUGAAGUUUGGUUUCAAUGAUGCCAUAGCUAAAGUUGGUCUAACCAAAUUCGUCUCAGAUCUCUUCUGGGUGGGAAUGUUUUAUCACCUUUACAAUCAGUUAGCAACCAACACACUGGAGAGGGUGGCACCACUUACCCAUGCAGUUGGAAAUGUGCUGAAACGUGUAUUUGUGAUUGGAUUCUCCAUCAUUGUCUUUGGUAACAAAAUUUCAACACAGACUGGUAUUGGAACCUGCAUUGCAAUUGCAGGAGUUGCACUUUACUCUUUCAUCAAGGCUAAGAUGGAAGAAGAGAAACGACGAACAAAGGUGGCUUGAAGAAGCAGCAUUGGAGGUGAUGGGAAGCAUGGAAAUGAGGGGAGGAUCUGGUGUUGUAAAUUUUUAAAUAAUUCCAUCACCAAGAAAAGAAAAAAAAAAAAAUCCUAUUGCCAUGUAUCUGUUAUUUAAUUUUCCCUUUGACCGAUCAAUUGUUAUUGAUUCUGAGCUCAGACGUUUACUGAAUUUGUAAUUAUGAAUGCUUUCUCAUUUCAAGGCAUUUUUAUUGCCGCAAUGCAAAAACCUUUGCUUUCCAAUAA